AUACAGAAUGAAAAAUCAAUUGCAGCCAAAAGCGUUUGGAAGAAGAAGAGGACAGCAGAGACGCAGAAAAAUGUGCGGAAAGAAGAUGUGAAUGUGAUGUGAUGGUGAUGCGUUCUCUGGAUAUUUAAGCAUAUUGCAACAGCAAUUAAUAAACGAGCCAAGAAUAAAUCUAUUUCAAUGUUACCUCUCAAACACCCCCACACACACUCACACACACACACAACAAUGGAUGACCAGCUAAAGUGACCAUGAAAAUAUUGCGAAAAUCAAUGAAAACAUAUAAUGUAAAGAAAACUCCAACAUCAACAACAACAGCGGCACCCACCACAGACAUUGUGUUUAAAGUGAAAUUUGAGGUAUUUUCUUCGCUAUGUUGCGCCAAAGCUGCCUAAGCCCACAACAAUUGCAAUUGCAACAAAAAUAGUUAUCCAAGUCACGCGAGUGUUAAGCAGAGGUUGUUCGUCGUCCAAAUGGAUGGACAACGGGCCCGCGAUUUGCUGACGCUGCUGCAGGAGCGUGUGGUGUUCCUCACCGGUGGUCGCGAUCGUCGUGGCGGUCCACUGCUCUGCUUUCCGGCCACACCACGACGAGAUCGACUCAAGCCAGAGGAUUUGCGACGUUUACUAAGCUAUAUGAUUUCCAUACCAAGCGAUACGGCUAAGAAUCUAGGCUUCACAGUCGUGAUUGACAUGCGAGGCAAUGGGAACUGCUCAACGAACGUCAAAUCGAUACUAAAAGUACUGCAGGAGCACUUUAGUGCCAACGUUCAUAACGUGGUUAUCAUCAAGCCUGACAACUUUUGGCAAAAGCAGCGCGCCUCCAUUUCCUCGCACAAGUACAAAUUUGAGACGACAACAAUUUCGAUUGACGCCCUUAACAAGAUCGUCGAGCCACAUCAGUUAACCGUUGACUUCGACGGCCAACAGGCGUACGAUCAUCAGCAGUGGACAGAUGCACGUCUGGCCAUCGAGGAUUUCUUUUGGCAGGCCGGCGACAUGGCUGAUCGCAUAGACGAUCUGCAGGAGGACCUCAAUCGCAACGACUUUGCCGAGGAGGUCAGUCAAGCCCGUCAAGCCAUCGAUUAUCACAACGAAAUGCGCAAGAAGAUCACAAAACUGCCCAUCGAAGAUCUGGAUAUGCAGGGGAAAAAGCUGCUGGCCAAGAUCAAUAUGAGCUUUACGUCCGGUCCCGCCGCUGCUGGUCAAGGCGCAACCUGCCAAUCGGCCUCCGAUGGGAGUGGCAGCAUAGACUCGGGCACAUCCACAAUGAACGCAAGCCAGCAAUCUCAGCAAUCCCAAAAAUCUAUUACCAACAACCCAGACAUGUCGGCAGCCAUCAACAAAGCCUUGCGCCAAAUCGAUCUGAUUCACACAGGCCAGGAGCGUUUGCUCAUGCUAUGGCAGCACAAGAAGGUCAAGUUGGAUCAGUGCUUUCAAUGGCGGCUCUUUGAACAAGAUUGCGAGAAGAUGUUCGACUGGAUUUUGCACAAUCGGGACGUCUUUCAGAUGUCCUAUGUGGAGAUUGGUCACAUCUAUUCGGUGGCCAAAUCUCUGCAGGACGAGCAUCAGAAAUUCGCCGUCGCCUCGAUGAACGUGUCGGUGAAUAUCGAUCGAAUUCUCGCGGUUGCUGCCCGUCUUAUCGAGAGCCAACACUAUGCGGCGCAACACAUUAAGACGCUGGCCCAACGUCUCGAUCGCACAUGGAAGGAUUUUGCCACCGGCUUAGAUGAACGCACCGCUGUCCUGCAGCUGAGCGUCCUCUUCCAUCACAAGGCGGAGCAAUAUUGCAAUAGCGUCUCGUCAUGGGCAGCCGCCUGCCAAGCCUCGCAGCCGUUGCCGUCAGAUAUACAAAGUCUGGAGACGGCCAUACGCACCCACCAAUCGCUGCAUGAGGCCAUGUGCCAGGCCUAUACAGAGGUGCAUUCGACCAGCAAGAAACUGCUCUACCAACUAGACCAUUUGGUGCAGGUUUGUAAUCAGCCGCCGCCGCCUGGCGUGCCCGAUCAUCGCAAAAACAGCAGCUUUAACAAGUACGAACAUCAGAAUCCGGCAGCGGACUACAGCGAAGGCGCCAGUCACGUGCUUCACGUCAUCCAUCAAAUACUGAGCCACCACCGCUCUUUGGAAGCGAAGUGGCAUCAGGAGAAGGUCAGGUUGCAUCAGACGCUGGCACUGCGCCUCUUCCAGGAGGAUGUCAAGCAAGUGCUGGACUGGCUGAAGAAUCAUGGCGAAGUAUUCUUGCGAAAGAACACGGGAAUCGGAAGGAAUUUGCAGAAGGCACGCAUCUAUCAGAAAUCGCACAACAACUUCGAAAACGUGGCCCAAAACACAUACAGCAAUGCUGAAAAGCUGCUUUCGGCAGCCGAAGAAUUGGCACGAAGUGGCGAGGCCGAUCCCAAUGAAAUUUAUUCGGUGGCGCGCGAAUUGGAGCUGCAGGUGGCCAGCUUUGCGGAGCGUGUGGAGCAGCGACGACGUCGUCUCGAAAUGGCCGUUAUCUUUUACACGCACGAAAAGGAGGUGACUGCCUGGAUCGAUCAACUGCGCAUGGAGGUCGGUACGGACGAGACACGUCUAUCUCAGGAGAAAUUAGAUGGGAUCGAGCGACUACUGCAGCAGUAUCGCGAUCAGCAGGAAAGCACCAUAAACGGCUGCAUGACGACCAUCGCACAGGGCGAGGCGCUGCUCCAGGAGAUGCGCGCCUUGGAGUAUGCGGACAACACGGGCUCGCUGGCGGCGCUGGAGACAACGCUGGAGAAGUUGACCAAGCAAAAGGUGGAACUCGAGGAGUUGUGGACAGCCCGCAAGUUCCGUGCCGACCUCAUUUUGCGGCUGCGCUACUUCGAGCGCGAUGCCACGGAGCUAUCCUCGCAACUGGAGAUGUGGUCGGAACAGCUGCAGCAUGCGGAUUUGUCGCGCGACUAUCAGAAGGCUGAGCAGCUCAUUCGCAUGCACAACGAAUCGGUGACGGAUAUGCAGAACGCCACCUACGAGGUACUGCAAACGGGUCAGGAUGUGCUACAACUGUUCGAGAACGCCGGUUUCAUCUCAAUGGCCGAUCCUACGAUUACAGCGCAGGCGCGCAUUGAAUAUCUGUUGGAUUUCCUGCGUGAGCGCGAAAUCGAUCUGGAGGAGCUGUCUGAGGCAAAGCGUACCAAGCUCGAACAAGCCGUGCAGCUCUGUCAGUUCCAGAACGAUGCGAAUCAAGUUAUCUCGUGGAUACGCAACGGCGAAGCCAUGCUGGUGGCCAGUUUCGUGACACCCAACAGUCUGCAGGAUGCCGAACAGCUGCGCAAGGAACACGAGCAGUUCCAGAUCGCUAUCGAGAAGACGCACACGUCCGCGGUUCAGGUGAAAUACCGGGCCGAUGCCUUGAUCAAUGCAAACCACUAUGAUCCCCAAUCCAUACGCGAAAUCUCAGAUGAUGUGACCAAAAAGUGGCAACAGCUGGUCACCUAUGCAGAGGAGCGUCACAAGCUUGUGACUGCCUCGAUAAACUUCUACAAGACCGCCGAUCAGGUGUGCUCCGUGCUGGACAGCUUGGAGCGUGAGUAUCGACGUGAGGACGAUUGGUGCGGCGGUGGUGGAUCCAGUGAUAAGGCGCAAACCAUUGUGCAGCUGAUCUCUAAACAUCAGGAGCAGAAGGAGGCAUUCCUUAAGGCCUGCACCUUAGCACGUCGCACUGCCGAGACAUUCCUGAAGUAUGCGAAUCGAUCCCAGCAAUACUAUCAGUAUCAGGGCAACAGCGAGGCGCAUGUCAAGAGCAAAUUGGACAAACUGCUCACGCAGGAGAAUCAGGUGCUCGAAUUCUGGACGCUGCGCAAAAAAUCGCUCGAUCAAUGCCAGCAAUUUGUGCUCUUCGAGCGCAGCGCGAAACAGGCCAUCGAAUGGAUACACAAUAUAGGCGAGGCCUAUCUGUCCUCGCGCACCAACAUUGUGGGCAUACCGCGCGAGGAGACGGAGGCUCUGCUCAAGGAACACAACGAGUUCCGCAGCACAGCCAAAGAGACACGCGAGCGAGUCAAGCUGCUCAUCCAGCUGGCUGACAGUCUCGUGGAGAAGGGACAUGCGCAUGCCAGCUCCAUUAAGCAGUGGGUGGCAUCGGUGGAUCAGCGCUUCAAGGAUUUCAGCAAUCGCAUGGACAGCUACUGUGAGCAGCUGGAAAAAUCGCUGGGCAUGUCGCAGCAGCAACUGCUGCCCGAGUCAGAUGCCAACAGCUCCAUUAGUUCGACUUCGGGGGCCAGCGGCAGCAGCGGCGAUCGCCACUCCGAUCCGACGCUCGAAGCGAAGCUAACAAACUCCUCAAGUUCGGCGGCCGCCAAGGAGAUUAACGAGGAGAAACGCAAAUCGGCGCGUCGAAAAGAGUUCAUCAUGGCCGAACUUAUGCAGACGGAGCGCGCGUACGUCAACGACAUGGCCACCUGUAUUAAAUGUUUCCUCGAAGAGUUCCGCACUGGACGUAACGUGCCGCCAGCGCUUGUCGGCCAAGAGGAUAUUAUUUUUGGUAAUAUACGCGAGAUUCAUCAUUUCCAUCAGAAGAUAUUUUUGCGCGAGCUGGAGAAGUACGAAACAAUGCCUGAGGACGUGGGCCAUUGCUUCGUAACCUGGGCCUCCAAGUUCGAUAUGUAUGUCCAUUACUGCAAAAAUAAACCUACGUCAAACAAUUUACUGGUCCAGCACGCGGGCACCUACUUUGAGGACCUCCAGCGCCGUCUCGAGGUGGAACAUCCGCUUCCUGCCUAUCUCAUAAAGCCAGUGCAGCGUAUCACCAAAUACCAGCUGCUGCUCAAGGAUCUGCUGUCUUGCUGCGAGGAGAGUCACGGCGAGAUAAAAGAGGGCCUUGAGGUGAUGCUGAACGUACCCAAGAAGGCCAACGAUGCCAUGCAUCUGUCGCUGCUAGAAAACUGCGAUGUGUCUGUCGAGAAUUUGGGCGAAGUUGUGCUUCAGGAUGCAUUCCAGACAUGGGAUACCAAGACCAUUAUACGAAAGGGUCGGGAGCGACGCGUAUUUCUCUUUGAAUUGUAUCUUGUGUUCGCCAAAGAGGUGAAGGAAUCGAACACCGUCAAAUAUCAAUUCAAGAGCAAGCUGAUGACCACCGAAAUGGGCAUCACCGAGCACAUUGAAGGGGAUGAGACGAAAUUCGCCGUAUGGACAGGUCGAUCACCCAUGCUUUCCGAUUGCCGAAUUGUAUUGAAAGCAACCAGCUUGGAGACAAAGCACGUUUGGGUGAAGAAACUGCGUGAAGUCAUGCAGGAGACCUGCUUCUCAGCUAGAUCUUUGACGCUGCCAAAAUCGCCGGCCAAGAACUCGGGUUCGUCGCAACGCUCGUCACGGGACUUGGACGAACCGCUCACAGAAAAUGAUCCCGACCGCUGUUCCCUGGCUAGCUUCGGCUCAGGCAAUACCACGGACAGUGAUAAUAAGCUCAGCAAUCAGGAGACCACUUGGGUGGUGGCCGACUACAUGGCCGCAUCAGGCAGCAACGAGCUGAGCGUCACCAAAGGCCAACAAGUGGAGAUUAUCGAACCGCCCACAGCCACAGAGCCAGACUUCUGUUUGGUGCGCCUAAAUCCCCAGAACGAUGAGGCAGCCGCACAAGAAGGACUUGUGCCCGUAGCAGUUCUCAAACCGCCGCCGGGCAUGCACAGGCAAGGUACGGCUGCUGCCUCAGCGACGGGUGCGGCUCAGAAGGGAACCGCUGCUAUGCAGGACCAAGGAAAUCGCAACAAAACGGACGCGUUGUCUUCGUCGACCAAGCGACGGGGCUUUAGUGGGCGGAAGUGGUUCCAAGCACCACUGCUUAAGCUAUCGCAGAGCAAAGUGGAAAAGCCGCCACCAGACAAAUCACUCUUCAAGAAACCCUCCGAGAAGAAUAUGCGGUUAUCGCAGAAACAAGCCGAAGAGACAGAGCAGCCAUCGGCGUCACCAGCCAGCACAGUGGGACAGUAUACAAAUGUUUCGCAGCAACAGCAGGAUUUCGAGCCCGAAGAGGAAGCGGGUCUUGAGCUGCCACCGCCCAUGAAGCCCAUACAGGAACCACAUUUGAUGGCCAAUGGACCGCCUGCAUUUACAAAGGAUCUCAACGAGGGCUCACCCCAUUUGGCGAGCACAGGCAAAAUGGACGGUAAUCCACUCUCGGAAAUUGAGCAAAUCGUGAGAGAGAAAACAGAACAGCACGAGUCCAAGAGUCGUGUGGAGAGCGGAAGUGCGGAAAAUUCCAGCAAGAAUGGUCGUGCCAGCUCGGAGAUGAACAACAGCAAUAAUCAGGUUAACAAUGAUGAGAAUCAUACCGAUGCCAUGGAUAGCAAAUCGAUUGCAUUGCGGAAACGUCAAUGUGCUCUGGCCGAACUGGUCUCUACAGAGGAGUCGUAUGUGCAGGACUUGCAGGAGAUUGUCAAUGGGUACAUGGCGGAGACAAAUAAUCCCAACAGUGAUAUACCGUUGCCCGACAACCUCAAGGAUGGCAAAAAGAAGUUGGUCUUCAACAACAUCAAGGAGAUUUACGAGUGGCAUAGGGAUUGCUUUCUGAAAGCACUGCGCAGCUGUCAAAAAUCGCCCGCUGACCUGGGUCCGUUGAUCAAACGCUCGGAACGUAAAUUUACAAUGUAUUAUUAUUACUGCAGCAAUCAGCCGUUGUCGGAGUUUAUUGUCAGCGCGCACUUCCAGUAUUUUGAUCAGAUACGCCAGAAGCUGGGACAUCGCAUGGAUCUGAGCAAUCUGAUCAUCAAGCCCGUGCAGCGCAUCACAAAAUACGAGCUGCUGAUCAAAGAAAUAACGAAGGCAACGGAGAGUGCUGGGCUACACAAGGAGGUGGUCAUUCUAAAGGAGGCCUACCAACAAAUGAAGGUUGUGGUGAAGACGGUGAACGACAUGAUGCUGGUGCUGCGUGGUCUGCAGGACUUUGAUGGCGAAAUCACCGCACAGGGAAAUUUGAUUCUGCAGGGUCCCCUAACCUGCGUAAACGAUGCGACUCAGAAACAACGCGAGCUGCAGGUAUUUUUGUUCCAGCAAAUCAUCAUAUUUGCCGACAUUGAGAAGGUGAAGACGCAGUUCUCAAAUCCCACAUUCAAGUAUCGCUCGCACAUACAGGUGAACAAAAUGCAAAUGAAGGAGCGCGGCGAUAACAGUUUCUUACUGAAGUCAACCGACCCCAAUCGACCUGAUCUGAAUAUGCUGUGUCAGGCGUCGACGCCGGAGCGCUACUCCGAAUGGGUCAACAAACUAAAUGAGAUACUGGAGAAGCAAAACGAUUUGAUGUUCGCGCUCUCCAGCCCUAUUGAGUACCAAAUGAAACAAAUGAAAACACAAAAGUGAAAACAAGUUUGAUUCCAAAGCAUAUUGGGGGAAUAAAACAACCGACCGACACUAAAACUCAAAAAUGAUAUUGUAAAAAAAUACUUAGACUUAUCAGUUAUAUAUCUAUAUAUAUAUAUAUAUAGAGAGAGAGAGCGCACUUGCCUCGCCUUUGUCUGUAUAGUAUGUGCAUGUGUUUUUGUCUUUGGCACAUACCCCGGAAACAUACUCAAGUCGUAGUUUAAUUAAAUGGUAUUUUGUUCGACAACUAUAAGUAUUAUAUAUGCUAUAACUUUUGUAAUUUCGUGAAACAUUGCGUUGAACGUUCCCCCUUUUUAUUUUGACCAAAAGCUAAUAAUUCCGAAAUCUAAAAAUACUAAACUGAGCUGCAGAAAGUAAUAUCUAAAUGAAUUCUACGUAUGGUUUCCAGAGCGAUAAACACUAUUAUAACUCGGAGUAUGUAUUUUAAUUUUGUUUUCUCCCCUUUCUUUGUUGUUUUUGUAUAUUUUCAAGAAUCAAAAUUAGUUUUUGUAAGCCCUGCCUUCGGCGCCAACAGCAACUACUCAACAAUAUCAAAAGCAAUCAACUUGGAUUAUAAUUUAAAAUUAAAUUUUAAUUUGCAUUUAAUAACUACACAUUAAUUCUUAAUGCCUAAGUUUAUUUAAAUAUAAUUUUAUUUUACUCUUGGAACCUAAGUGUGGCACACUAGCAGAGCACGGCAGUGAUUUUUAUUAUUACACAUAAUAUUACUAUUAUUAUUUAUUGCUAAGUGCGCGUAAUGCGUGCAAUAUGUUAAGUAUGACUCGUUUUAUUCUAUUAAUAGAGUGAGCGGCAUGUAUAAAAAAGAUAAACAAAAAACAAACAAAACUAUGAAUAUAUAAGGAAAUGUAUUUGUGUUUAAUGUUUUACAAAAAAUAAAAUAUAGGCUUUAAAAUUAGUCUGAAGCAAGCAUACUUAAAACAUUCGGAGAUAUGAGUUUUGUUUACAUUCGUCGGAUAUACACUCCUAGGCAAAUUGAUAAGAUUAAUAUCCGCCACAGACACUGCAGCGAUUGUUCAGCUGUUGCAGCAAAAACAAAUUUAGCACAAAGACAAAGAUAUUCGAAGAAAAACCGAACAUUAUAAAUGAAAUGAAAUGAAAUGCAAGUUAAAGCCUCGAUCGGACAUAUAGUAUAUGCAUGUGAUAUGACAGUCAUAUUCAAUCAGUCAAGAAAAGCACAUAACAACAAAGGACCAGGAUUUGAUUUUAUUUAUACACAGACAUUUGUAAACUUCAAAUGAAGUUGUACCAUACUGCUUGGUUUCCCAUACAGAGUUUUCGACAACUUGAGUUAAAUUUUGACGCACAGUCGCGAGUCUCUAUACAAGUAGAUACAUAUAUUGUGACCCUUGCCCUAAACAUCUAACAAAAUAAUAAUUUGAAACCUAAUUAUGGGUGCAUACGAGUAUGUACAUACAUAUAUGCCAUGUAUAUGUAAAAUAUUUAGUUUCGACUAAUCAUUUAUACUAAUUGUUGUUAUAUACAUACUUAUAUCUUAACUGUUUAAUUCCGCAAAGGUAAGUAUAGUAAGCCAUGGCGUAACGACGUGUAAUUUUUUAGGAUAACUGUGACUAUUUAAAUGUGUGUUUUUGAAUUUAAAUGAAUGUAACACAAAAAAUACACGUACACGUACCCCCGCAUAUUGAUGACAAAAUUAAUAUAUUCAUAGUUAUACAAUUACGAUGCAAAAAACAAUAACAAGCAGCAGCAUAGAAGAAAAGAGAAGAAACCAAAAAAUUAUUAAUUAAUAAAUACACGUGUUAGUCUGUGUUUUAGUCACGUAAGAACAAAUCAAUGGCCAGCGGGGCGCCGGUAUCUGAACAGAAAACAGUAACAUCAACAGCAAGGCGUAAGAAAGAACCGAAAACAAAGAACAAUGUAUGUAUAUCCAAAUAAAAAUAUACACAAUGUAAUCUGAAUUUAAAAUUAUCAAAGUGAAUAAAUAAUAAUAAAGCAAA